AUUCCUCUCUCUCUCUCUCUCUCUCUCUCUCUCUCUCUCUCUCCAAUUCUCAUACAAGCAUUCGUUUCCGAUUCUCUUUAUUGUUAAAUAUUGCUAUGAUCAAACUGUAAUCGCUUCAUUUUCUGCAAUGGAGUUACUAGGAGUUGAAAUUCGGAAACGCUAUGGAGGUUUACUGGCGAUUUUUGUGGUUCUGUGUGCUGUUGGAGGAGCGGUGUGCGAAUCUAACUACUUGAUUGGGCUCGGGAGCUAUGACAUCACCGGCCCGGCUGCUGACGUCAACAUGAUGGGGUACGCUAACACGGAGCAGACCGCUUCCGGAGUUCACUUCCGGCUGCGGGCUCGGUCGUUCGUGGCGGCGGAGCCGCAGGGGAAGCGGGUGGUGUUUGUGAACCUCGAUGCUUGCAUGGCCUCGCAGCUUGUCAAGUUGAAAGUCAUUGAGAGGUUGAAGGCAAGGUAUGGGGAUCUUUAUACUGAGAAGAAUGUAGCUAUUAGUGGAAUUCACACCCACGCUGGUCCUGGGGGUUAUCUUCAGUAUGUUGUAUAUAUUGUAACAUCUCUAGGGUUUGUGCGUCAGUCGUUUGAUGCCCUUGUUGAUGGCAUUGAGCAGAGCAUUAUUCAAGCCCAUCAAAAUCUUGCGCCAGGAUCGGUUUUUGUUAACAAGGGAGAAAUCUUGGAUGCUGGAGUAAAUCGUAGUCCUAGUGCUUAUCUCAAUAAUCCUGCUGCAGAGCGCAGUAAAUACAAAUAUGAUGUUGAUAAAGAAAUGACUCUUCUGAAGUUUGUUGAUAAUCAAUGGGGUCCAGUGGGUAGUUUUAACUGGUUUGCAACUCAUGGAACUUCCAUGAGUCGGACUAACUCGUUGAUUAGUGGGGAUAAUAAGGGUGCUGCUGCACGAUUUAUGGAAGACUGGUUUGAGGAGAAUGGUGGUAGAGGUGCAUAUUCUGAUGAUAUUGAUGCUGAUGAGAUUCCACGGAGAGUGUCAAACAUAGUUUAUGACCGUCAUGCUAAUCACCAUGAGUUACUGGAGCUUGCUGCAUCCUUUCAGUCUCCUCCUGGUACGCCAGCUACCAGGUCCUUGAGUGUGGCAAGGCGUGUCAGGGGUGUACUAAGGCAAGCUAACAAGCCUAGAUUUGUAUCUGCCUUUUGUCAAUCAAACUGUGGUGAUGUGAGCCCAAAUGUUCUAGGCGCUUUCUGCACAGAUACAGGACUACCUUGUGAUUUCAAUCACAGCACCUGUGGUGGGAAGAAUGAGUUGUGCUAUGGCAGAGGACCUGGUUACCCAGAUGAAUUUGAAAGUACACGUAUCAUUGGUGAGAGGCAAUUCAAAAAAGCUGUCGAUCUUUUUAACAAAGCAUCUGAACAGUUGACCGGGAAGAUUGAAUACCGCCAUACUUACAUCGACUUCUCCCAACUUGAAGUAACCCUUCCCAAGAAGGGGGGAGAUUCUCAGGUGGUCAAGACUUGUCCUGCUGCAAUGGGAUUUGGAUUUGCUGCUGGAACCACUGACGGACCUGGAGCUUUUGAUUUCAGGCAAGGGGAUGAUAAGGGAAACCCUUUCUGGAGAUUGGUGCGCAAUGUACUCAAGACGCCAGGCAAGGAACAAGUUGAUUGUCAGAGUCCAAAGCCAAUCUUGCUUGAUACUGGUGAAAUGAAGCAACCAUAUGACUGGGCACCUGCAAUACUUCCAAUUCAGAUCUUCCGGAUAGGGCAGCUUAUCAUUCUCAGUGUUCCUGGAGAAUUUACGACAAUGGCUGGCAGACGGCUACGUGAUGCUGUGAAAGCUGAACUGACCAGUGGUGGUCACGGUGGAAAUAUUCAUGUUGUGUUAGCAGGAUUGACUAAUACUUAUUCUCAGUAUAUCACAACCUUUGAAGAGUAUGAAGUGCAGAGAUAUGAGGGUGCAUCCACUCUCUAUGGACCACACACGCUAAGUGCCUACAUUCAGGAGUUCAAGAAGCUUGCUAAAGCUCUCAUCAGUGACCAACCCAUUGCACCAGGUCCUCAACCUCCAGAUCUCCUCGAUAAGCAAAUAAGCUUGCUUACUCCGGUUGUGAUGGAUGCAACCCCUGCUGGUGUCAGUUUUGGGGAUUGCAGUACAGAUGUGCCUCAUAACUCCACUUUUAAAAGAGGUCAUGACAUGGUUACAGUGACCUUCUGGUCGGCUUGUCCUCGUAAUGACCUUAUGACUGAAGGUACGUUCUCCCUUGUGGAGAUUCUACAUGGAAAGGAUUCUUGGGUUCCAGUUUACGAUGACGAUGAUUUCUGUCUGCGCUUCAAGUGGUCUAGACCUUCUAAAUUCAGUACUAGAAGUCAGGCAACCAUAGAAUGGAGAAUUCCUCAGUCUGCAACUCCCGGAGUAUACAGAAUAAGGCACUUUGGUGCCUCUAAGAACCUAGUUGGGUCUAUUCGCCACUUUACAGGGUCAUCUAGUGCUUUUGUGGUAGCUUAAGAGUAGUAUUUGUAACUAUGUACAUGUAUUUGUGAACACCUUCAGCGAUAACAUAGAACCGACUGAUUGCCACGGGGUGUUACAUUUCCA